UAGCUCGGCCGGCGCCCUGCGUCUUGGCGGUAGAUGGCGGCUGCACCGGGGUGUAUCGCCGUGUGCCUUUUGCCUGUGGCACCUCGGCAGUACUUGUAGUUGCAGUAGCAUGGAUUCACAGAAGGAUGUUCAGCCUCCAAAGCAGCAGCCAAUGAUCUACAUUUGUGGAGAAUGUCAUACAGAAAAUGAAAUAAAGGCAAGAGAUCCUAUCAGAUGCAGAGAAUGUGGCUACAGAAUAAUGUACAAGAAAAGGACAAAAAGAUUGGUGGUUUUUGACGCCCGAUGAUGUUUGCUGAAGAUACAGUGAUGUAAUGAGGCAGUUUAAUCUUUCUGAUAACUUUGCUUUGUAAAUUCAUUCAUGUACAAAUGCACAAUGUUAUUUGUGUUUUAAGAGAUUGAAAUAUUAAAGUUUACUGUUAU